AUGAACUCGAUACAUUCAGCAUUGCCUGUAAAUGUGUUGAAGUUGAUUGAUUGUAAACUGAUAAUAUUCGUUGUUGAUGUCAAAGAACGUCAAAAACAUGCCUGUACAUAUAAUGUUUAUCAAAUAAGUGCAAAGUCGACGACAAAUAUAAAUAUCAGUCUUGUUCAGAUAUUUAACAAAUCUUCACAAGCAGACAAGAAUGACAGAAAAUCCAAAUGGAAUCAUCAAGAACAACAAUUCACUCGUCGCCUAUAG